UAGAUCAAAACAUUCCCCCCUGACUUCCUCCUUAUGCUUAUUAGAAAUUUAAUAAAGGACUUCGAGAUAAUGCAUGUAAGCAUCGUCGGACUCCACUGAACCCUUAGGCCUCCCUGUCUUUUGCUUCGAUCCCGCUUCUCCAUCUUCCCGUGCCCUAACCUACUGAGCACCAUCCACCGCCCCCUCCUCGUCUUAUAAGCGUCAACAUCCACGUCCCUCUCCUCCUCCUCUUCAUCUUCAUCUCCACUGAAGAAGAUUGUGAGCUUUUUUUGCCUGGGUCUAGAAAGCUCUGGGAGCCGAAGGAGAAGCCCAAUCCCGAUCUCUUCCUCUCUUUUCCUCGAAGAAAGGUUGAGCUGGAUCAUGAGCUAUAGCUGCUGGUAUCUUGCUAAUUGGGAAAGGCUAGUAGAAGCUUUUUUUCUGAUGUCAGUGGCUUAACCGGAACGAAUUGUUGGACGAACAUAUUGAAAAAUGCUUGCUUUUGCAUCUACACGCUCAUAUUUCUUUUUGGGAGACUCACUGAGGAAAUUGUCAGUAUCCAGGAUCGUUGGAUUCCACAAAACUGCUUGGUUCAGAACUAGAUCUGAUAGUGAAAGUGGUUCACUUACCCUUUCAAAUCUUGGGUUUAAAUGUGAGGUUGAUUCCAGGAAGAAAGAAAAUUUUGUUGAUCUUGGCAGUUCGAAGUCAGUGACAAAAGUUUCUUCAGGUAAAGUUAAAGCAGUUAGGAACGGCUUGUCUAAGGCAGGGAGAACAAAAAAUACACCAAAAAUAGAUGAAGCCCUCUUUUCUGCCAAGACAUUUGGUGAGCUGGGACUGUCACCACUGCUGAUUGAUCGGUUAGAGAAGGAAUGUCUGACUGUUCCAACUGAUGUGCAGUCUGCUGCUAUUCCUACCAUUUUACAGAAACAUGAUGUUGUUAUUCAGUCGUAUACUGGAUCUGGAAAGACGCUUGCUUACCUUCUCCCCAUACUCUCUGAAGUAGGCCCAUUGAAGAAGCCUGUGGAUGGAAACCUUUCUGACCUGAAGCCAGGCAUAGAAGCAGUCAUCGUUGCUCCUUCAAGGGAGCUAGGAAUGCAGAUAGUAAGAGAGGUGGAGAAACUGUUGGGUCCUGCAGAUAAGAAGCUUGUUCAGCAACUUGUGGGGGGUGCAAACCGUUCAAGACAAGAAGAAGCUCUGAAGAAGAAUAAGCCAGCCAUUAUUGUUGGGACACCAGGGCGUAUUGCAGAGAUCUCAGCAUCUGGGAAGCUUCGUACACAUGGAUGUCGUUUCCUUGUACUUGAUGAAGUUGACCAACUUUUAUCAUUCAAUUACCGGGAGGAUAUGCACAGAAUACUGGAGCAUGUUGGAAGGAGGUCUGGUGCUAAAACGAGUGAUAUACUAGGCCCACUUGCCAGGCGGUCUGAACGUCAGACGAUCCUGGUGUCAGCAACAGUACCAUUUUCAGUUAUACGAGCAGCCAGGAGCUGGGGACGAGAUCCUCUUCUUGUCAGGGCUAAGAGUGUAGUACCUCUUGAUUCAGUUUCUGUUCCACAACCUACCUCUUUUGCAUCCAAUUCUGAUGCUAUCUCGAGCUCAGGCUCAACAACUCAAGGAGUAGCUGAUAGCUUACCACCGGCCUUAGAACAUUACUACUGUGUUUCCAAGGUUCAACACAAAGUUGACACAUUAAGAAGAUGUGUUCAUGCCUUAGAUGCAAAGAUGGUGAUUGUUUUUAUGAACCACACCAAGCCUCUAAAGGAUGUUGUCUUUAAGCUUGAGGCUCGUGGGAUGAAGGCUGCUGAGCUGCAUGGUGAUCUCGGCAAACUUGCAAGAUCAACAACUCUAAAGAAAUUCAAGGAUGGUGAACUGAGAGUUUUGGUAACAAAUGAGUUGUCUGCGAGGGGACUUGAUGUACCUGAAUGCGAUCUUGUGGUGAAUUUGGAUCUUCCAACAGACUCAGUUCACUAUGCCCAUCGAGCAGGUCGAACUGGCCGACUUGGUCGAAAGGGAAGUGUGGUCACAAUAUGUGAAGAGCCUGAGGUUUUUGUUGUGAAAAAGUUGCGGAGGCAGCUUGGUGUAGACAUCCAGCAGUGUGAAUUUACAGAGGGUAAGCUUAAUAUAUGCAAAGAAGAAGAAGUGGAGAAGAUAGCAGAGGCAAUGAGGUAAUUAUUCUCAGUUUUACUUUAUUCUGGAAUUAUUUGCUAUAUGAAUUGUUUAUAAACAUUGUUGUUGGAAUCAGAGAAAUUUUAUGCUGUUAUGCUGCUUUGUAAUUUUGCUAGCAAUGGUUUCCUUUGUGCUGUUUAA